AUGGAGCGCAACGGUGAGUGGCAAGCUCGAGGUGGCCGUGGCAAUCGUGGACGCGGUGGUCGCCGAGGCCGGGGGCGGGGUCGCGGGCGUGGGGGACAAAGUGGUCGGUCGCCGCCUUCCAAUGGAUUUACGUCCUCCAACGGUCGAAACGCUUCGAACAGCUCGUCCGAGCCGGCCAUCAGUCUGGAUGAGAGCUUCACCAUGGAGAUCCACGCAGCUCUCCAAGCUCUAGUAGAAGACGGCGAGCGCACUGAGAUGAGUUUUUCUCCCAGCUACGAUAACACGCAGCGGCGCUAUAUCCAUUCGAUGGCGCAGAAGUACGGAUUGUUCUCCAAGAGCUCGGGCAAGAAGGGCGCAGGUCGCUUCAUCCACGUGGCCAAAGUCAAGAAGAACGCGGCCAUGCAAGAAGUUUCACUGCGACUACCAGCUGCACCACUCAAUGCAGCGACGGUCGAGUGGUUCCCGCCUGUAAUUAAGACUUACAUGGAGAGAUAUCCCGCUCCAACGGAGGAGGUGACUGUGGACCCUUGGAGCGCCAAGGAUCUGAGUCCGUUGGCCUCUGUGCCAAAGAGACAUCCUGGACGAGGCGGUGGAUCACCGUUUAAGCCACUGCCGAGCCCUCCCAAGGAUGUAGGAACCAAGGUUGUGAGAACUCCACUUGUGGAAGCAACCAAGCUGCCUGUAUACGGAUAUCGAGAGCAGAUUCUGGAGCUCGUGGAGAGUAAUCAACUCGUGGUCUUGUCGGGGGAUACUGGAUGUGGUAAAUCCACGCAGAUCCCGCAGUUUCUUCUGGAUGAUGCACUAGCACGAGGACGUGGAGAGGAGACGAGGAUCAUCUGUACUCAGCCUCGUCGAAUUAGCGCCAUUUCGCUUGCGGAACGCGUUGCGCGUGAACGCACUGGCCAGGACCCGAAGGAAGUGGGUCAUGCCAUCCGAUUCGACUCUUCUUUCGAUGCAAAGCGAUCCAAGUUGAUCUUCUGUACGACGGGCACUUUACUCAAGUGGCUUAACAACGACCCACUCGCCAGAGGAUUCUCCCACAUCAUCCUGGAUGAAGUACACGAGCGUGACCAGUUUACAGACUUCUUACUCAUCCUGAUCAAGACUUCAAUCCUCAAGCAGAGACCAGAUCUUAAGGUGAUUCUCAUGAGUGCUACUAUUCAGGUGGAGAAGUUCUCGCAGUACUUCCAGCCAGAGUUCCCGGCGCCAGUGUUGCAGAUGGUGGGCGGUACUAACUUCCCUGUCACGACGCUUUAUCUCGAAGAUAUUCUAGCGUUACUGGAGAGGGACCGAAGCUCCCCGUUGCCCAUAAUGGAUGAUUCACGCGUCGGACGAAUCGGAGGCGGAUCUUUCGGUCACGUAGCCACAGCACCUGCAAGUAACGGGCUUGAAUGUCCCUUGUGUGGCGAAACGAGAAUUGCUGACGAAGAAGCAUUUGGAAUGCACGUGGCCACCUGCUUCGGGGAACCUAGCGCGGAUUUCGAAGCAGUAGCGGUGCCUGAACCCGAAUUAGCUACUGUAGCAGUACCUGUUGCCGCCAUGGGAGAUGUUCUGCAAGCUGCACUGAGUGAGAUUAAUGACGACGCGAAAGAGGCACUGUUGUCAUCCUACGUAAAGCAGCAAGACGCUCUGCGACAGGAUCAAGCCGUGGAUUAUGAUGUGCUGCUACAACUUCUCUUCCUUGUGAACCGUACAUUUCCUCUAGAUGAGGACGGGAAGGGAGCCAUUCUCGUCUUUUUGCCUGGGUGGGAAGAGAUCUCCUUCAUGGAACGAGCUCUGCUCAAUUCUCCAGCAACCUCCUCAACGUACGAGAUUGCUCUUCUCCACUCUCGCCUCUCGGCUCAAGAGCAACGUCGCGCGUUCAUGACUCCGCCACAUGGAAAGAGGAAGCUGGUUCUGGCUACGAACAUCGCAGAAACCAGUCUUACAAUUGAAGAUGUGGUGUUUGUUGUGGACUGCGGCAAGUCCAAACAGGCCCACGCGCUCGCUGCGACGUCGAGUUCGUCUUUUGUUAUGGGACUGCAAACGACAUGGGUGGCUCGUGCAAAUUGUGUGCAGCGUACAGGACGCGCUGGUCGCGUGCGUGCUGGUAUCUGCUUCCGUCUCUUCUCGAAGGCUCGAUACGAAACAGCUAUGAAGGAGUUCAUGCAGCCCGAGUUACUGACGACACCGUUGGAAGAGUUGCUACUGCAGAUCAAGCUUCUCCAGCUCGAGAAGAAGCUCCAUAUUCGAGACGCUAAGGAGUUUCUACUGGAGGCGAUGGAUGCACCCAGCGAAACCUCGAUCGACGCGUCCCUGCAGCGCUUAGAAGACAUGCGCGCUCUUGUAGGUAUAAGUAAAGGCAAGCAGGCCUUGACGCUGCUGGGUUGGCAUUUGGGCCACAUUUGCUCGGGAGGUGUCUCUGUGCAGAUGGCGAAGCUGCUGCUGUGGGGCCACACCUUUGGCUGUUUCGAUGCGAUCCUGCAGACCACGUGCACUCUGAGUGGCUAUCGGGAUCCUUUCAUCAGUUUUCUCGGAAUGUCACCAGAAGAACAGCGCCAGGUGGAUGCUUCUAAGAAGGCAUUUGCGCGAAAUGGGUCGCCACCAGGUCUUACAUUGCAGAGCGACCACUUUGUGCUUUGGAAAGCGUUUGAGGCGUACCUUGAUGCUCGAGCACGCUCCUCUUUUAAAGCCAAGGAUGCGUUCUGCGCUAGGAACAAGCUGCACCGACAGACACUUGAACAACUUUAUUCAAUUUACCGUCAGCUACAACAAGAUUUGGACCAACUGGGGCUGUCGACUGCAACCCAGCUAGUGCCUACUCCUGUGUCGAGGAUGCCUGCGACCGUGGAAAGUGUAACUCCGUACUUGAUGGCUCUCAGUAUCGGUAUGUACCCCAACGCGCUAUUUACUCGCUCCGGUGGGGUAAGUCGCAACUGGACGUCGAAAGAGAAGGUGAAGGUGAAGAUGGACGGGACGUCUAUGGUGGCAUGGACCGCCUCGAAUACCCAGAAGCAUAAGCGGAAGAUUGGCUCUGAGCAAGACGAGUUCGGUCCGCCGGAUGAAUGGCUCGUGUACCAUGAAAUGAUGCAGUCCGAGCGUACCCGUCUUGCGAAAUAUGGUACCAAACUGCCAUCGCAGUUGUUGCAGGCGCUUCUUGUGGGCUCAGUGGAGACGCAGACGGUAGAGCAACAAGAUGUAGACAUGGAUGACACCGAUGACGCUGUGGCAGCCAAGUGGCUGCUUGUGCUUGACGACUGGAUCGUGUACGAGUUAUGUGGACACGACGAAGCGCGUUGGCUUGCGCUGCUACGUGAGCGCUUACACGCUUCAUUCAUUCGACAUUUGGAGCGUCUGCAUGACAACGCUCAACACGGUUGUGCUAGACCAUUAUCAGGAACAGACCAGCAACUUCAGCAGCACGACGCAGAGCUCCUACAAGCUUUAUCGGCCUGGAUCUCUUCUGAUCUUCACCGUGGAGCUAGACGUUAA